AUGGAUCCAUCAACAAUUAUUUCAAAUUUAAAUCAAAAUAAUAAUAAUCAAAAUAAUAAUAAUAGUAAUAAUAAUAAUAAUAAUAAUAAUCAAAAUCAAUUAAUACUACAUAAACAACAACAACAACAAGAUCAAUUACAACUACAACAAUUCCAAUUUCAACAACAACAACAACAAUAUUUAAAUCAAAGAAGAGAAUAUUAUGUUAAAGAAUUUGAUGUUAAAUUGGCAGAGUCAAAGGAAAUGACAUCGAUCCAAUAUUUUUGUAAUAGUAAUAGUGAACCAAUCUAUUUUCCAGAUAGAACGUUGGCGUCACUGUUUCGUGUCAAUUUGUCAACAUUACGAGGAAGAUUCAAUAGACUCACCAAGAAAUACGAGGGUUACAGACUACUAAUCAGUGAAAAGUCAAAGACCCGUCUCUCACAAAACCAUUAUAUCAAUUGGGGAACAUCAUUAAAGAAAGAACAACCACAACAACAACAACAAUCAUCAAAUAAUAAUAAUAAUAAUAAUAAUAAUACAAAUAAUUAUUUGGGUACUGGAUAUGGAGCUGAUCAAGAUGACAUUACUACAUCGACCACUUCCACCGACUCACCAAACCAAACCACUCCAUCAUCAUCAUCGCCAACCAAUUCGCCAACACUCAAUUCAAGUUCACCACUUCAUGGACUGGUUGCAUUGAAUCAUAUUCGAUUGGUAAAUGUCGCACUCUCUGAUUGGAUCGCUUCCAAUUACGAACGUUUGGGUACCAACAUUGACCACAUUUGCGAAAACUUUGAUAAAUGUGAAAUCCCCUACAAAAGAAACGGUGAUAAUAUUACAAUCGUUGUACAAAACAAAGACGACUACUUGCCUCCCUACUCUAGCAUGGGCAACAAUUUCGUACCUCCCUACUUUCCCUCAAGACAGUAUAUUUCCCCUCAAACUCAUCCAAUGGAAAAUGUUGGUAAUCUCCUUCUUCAACCAUCAAUCAUCAAUAAUAAUAUUAAUAAUAAUAAUAAUAAUAAUUCUCUUGGUAGUAGUAACGGUAUCAUCCCACAGUAUGAGGAUGAAUUUGAAGAUUUACUCGAAUCUCCAGUACAAUCAUUUUCAAAUAUUAUGGAUGUUGAACCACCCCCUUCUUCAAUGACCUGUCAUAAUGCAAGUAAUAGUGGUAGUAUGACAACCACCUCUUCAUCUUCAACACCAACUACCAAUAGUCCAAGAAACAGACCGUCAAACAGUAUUCCAAAGUUGUAUGGUGCUUCUAGUGGUGCAAUCGAUGAAGAGGAUUUAUCUCCUCCUUUAACCUUUUCACCAAAACACCUUCCUACCUAUGAUCAUGAUAUUGGUCAAUAUUCACCAAGAGAUUUAAAAAGUCCAAGAAGAUUAGAAAUGAAUGAAUUCAAUUUACAGCAACAACAACCAAUUUACAACAAAAAACCAUUAUAUGUUUCACAAGCAAUUCCACCACCACCACUUUCUUCUUCCUCUUCUUCCUCCUCUUCUUCUUCUUCUUCUUCUUUAAAUGGAAAUAUUUUCAUUUCAUCAACACCACCACCAAUCUUGCAAUUACCUCAAUCUAGAUUUAGAGGUAAAAAGAGACCAUUUUCUUUGGGUGAGUCUGUUCCAAAUAUCCCUACUAGUAGUGUCUCUGGUGGUAGUAGAUUUAUUGCCUCUUCUCCACCUCCUCCAAUGCACUCUCCCAUGUCCUCUUCUUCUCCAGCUAUUCGAGGAGGAUCUUUUGAAUCAUUCCCAAAGAUUGGUGGUGGCGACCGUCAACCUUUAACCACAACCAACAAUGAAUGUCCUCCACCUACACCAUUAAAUUUUUAUCAAGGUUUUGCAACUCCUUCUCCACCUCUUACGCCCUCCUCCUCCUCCUCCUCCUACUCUAGUUCUACAGUUCCAUCACAACCAGAUUAUCUUCAACUUAGACCCAUCCAAAAUCCAAUUCAUUAUUCUUCAAAUAAUUCAAGUGGUAGUAACGAGGGAUAUAACCAACAACAAAUCUAUUCUCAUCAAAAUGAUUCCAAUCCAAACACUACCGAUAAGUUUUCAUCUUCCUCAUCUUCAUCUUCACAAAUUUACCACAAAUAUAUCGAUAUAACAUCUUAUCCAACACCAACCUCUACACCUACUUCAAUCAUUGGUAAUGGUCAUAUCAUUAAACGUAAAGCAAGCGAACCAUCGUCAUCAUCAUUAUCUUCACUUUCAUUAUUGGCCAGAAAGACACCAUCACCACCACUUGUCCACCAACCCAAAUGGAUUGACUGUUCACUGGAUGGAGACAAACAAGUCAGAAUGGUUGAUUUGUCCAACACCAACGGCUACGAUGAUCUCAGACAAAAGCUGUCCAAACUCUUUACCAUGAUGUCGUUUUCAAUCCUAGUGUCAUCCAAGAAUCCACUUGAAGAUACUUAUCUUUUAGAUCAAUCCACUGAAUGGAAUGACUUUUGUCAUCAAGUUGCAAAGUUAAUCAUCAAACCAGUAAACAUCACUCCUGACAUUAGAAAUCUUGUUAAUGACUAG